AUGAGCAAUUACCCAGUCCCGCCCCCGGCCUACGGCCAAAACACGAAGCCCAACUACCACUCCAUCGACGAAGAGAGUCGCGAGCCCCUCCUCGCUGGCUCCAGCCGUGGAGGCGGCAACGGCUUCUACGACCAGCCGGCGCCUGGCGAACUCCCCGACGAUUUCAAGUACGGAGUGACUGUCUCAGAGAGCGCACCUGAGGUCCGGAAGGCGUUCGUGCGCAAGGUGUACACCAUCCUUCUCUUCCAAAUCGCUGGCACCGCCCUUGUUGGUGGGAUAAUCUCGCAGUCGCCGUCAACGAUCUUCUGGGUCCAGACUCACCUCUGGGCGUUCUACGUACCCCUCUUCGGCACCCUCAUCAACCUCGGACUGCUCUACUGGAAGCGUCACAGCCACCCAUGGAAUCUCGUCCUGCUUACCACAUUCACGCUCAUGGAGGCCUUCACCCUCGGCGUUGCCGUCUCGUUCUACAAGAACGAUAUUGUCUUGAAAGCUCUGUUGAUCACUCUAGGCGUGUUUAUUGGCCUGACUCUCUUCACUUUCCAGUCCAAGUAUGACUUCUCGGGGAUGGGCCCCUUCCUUUUCGGGGCUCUCAUGGCGCUAGUUAUGACAAGCUUCAUCGGCGUCUUCUUCCCUUUCGGGCGCACGUUCGACCUCGUCUAUGCCUCCUUCGGCUGCCUCCUCUUCAGUGGCUACAUCGUCUACGACACGUACACGAUCAACAAGCGCCUCUCGCCCGACGAGUACAUCAUGGGUGCUAUCAGUCUUUACCUCGACUUCAUUAACCUCUUCCUCAACAUUCUCCGCCUCCUCAACAACAUGCAGGAGCAGUAA